UGUCGGAGCCUUUGGCCCUUUGGUGCGAGUGGUGCGUUGUGUAGUUACGCUAAAGAAGUGCGUUGCGUGAAAGUUGUCGGCAAGAAUCAUGAAUCCGUACAUUGCAGACAUGGGGAUCAAUUUGGAUGCUGUGAACUCGGGCCUGAGAGCAGUGAAGGCCCUUCGAUGUACUGUCGGAGAAGUGUUCCGUACCUUGACGGAUGGCGUACCGUGUUCGCAGGGCGACGAAAAGAAAGAGAAGAACUUUAUUCUGGAACUACAGGGAACGCUAGGCGCAGUUAUCUCUCGUAUAAGAGAGUUGGAAACAGCUGUUACACUGCUUGGAUCUCCGAUUGCACCUCUCAACCUGGGAAGCACCGGCCACCUGUGUCAAGAUCCGACUCUGGACAGGACAUCUUUGUAUACAGACAUGAUUAAGUCGUAUCGGUGGUUUGACAAAGUCCACGAGCACACGAGUCAUGCGUCAGCGAUUUUAACCCAGAAUGGACUGAAGAGAUCUAACAGUUCGUUGUUCCCAACGAAACGGUUACGAAGACCACAUAGCAACGGCCACAAUUUCUCUCCUCAAAAUGUGGACGCUUUCAUCGGCAGUGUACAAAGGCAAUUUGUCGACAUGUCGAUUGAGAUUCUCAGGCCAUGUGGCAACUCUGCUGUUCUAAAGAUUACACUGAGCCGAACCUUGAGAGCGCUGGUGUGUCUCCGUGGCCUUAUCAUUGAAUGGGUGCUGGUGAAGGCGUUCAACGAAGACUUCUACACCGAUGACGACCAGCUUGACAUGUGGUCGAAGUCUCGGUACCAGGUUUUUCAGAAGGUGACCGAACACGCCAACGCAGCGAUGCUUCACUUCUUCUCUCCGCAACUGCCCGACUUGGCCGUCAAGUCUUUCCUGACGUGGCUCCACAGUUACCUGCAUCUGUUCUCAGCGCCAUGCCGCAGGUGUGGCACGCGACUACAGCAUAACAUGCCGCCAACAUGGAGGGACUUGCGCAACUUGGAUGUUUACCACGAAACCUGCAGGCCGUGAUCCUCCCUCAGACCAUGUGUCGUGUUCAUCUGACUGUGUA